AUGAACGUGGUGUUCAAGAAUGCGAACAGGGUGCGCACUUCGGAGCACUUUGGCAGCGUCCGGGUCAUCGAAAUAAUGGAAGCAGAGGCUGAAAGUACGGCACUCAUGUUCCCUGCCUCAGCCAAACGGACAGCCUGGGUUGCAUCGACGGGAUGGUCGAUGGCAGAGAUCCGUGAGGAUGAACCAAACGGUCCCUGGCCUUGUGCGUGGAGCUUGGCGUUUAGCGUCGACUCCAUGAUUGGUAUGGGCCCUCCCCCGCCAGCGCAGGAGUCAAAGCAGGAGGGGCCUUGGUUCCUGGCACCUGUGUCCUCCACAUUUGAAUGCGGGCCAUAUGCGAGUAUUCGCGCAGCCAUUGGGACACCAGGGCUGGUCGCCGAGCUAGAGGAGGUGGAAACGGGGGGCGAUGAUCAUGCUGCUCCUAUGUCCGUUGAUAAUUCGGAUAGCCGGAGGAAAGCUGAUGACAGCGUUCUGCAGCAACAUGGUGUUCGCUUUGAUGAGUGGUGCCUUUGGGCUCCUGCAGAGGACAACCGGCUGUCACGACAGCGCUGGCAGACCAUGAUGGGACUAGAUAUCUCGAUGAUGAAUAGGUAUACCAUGCACCAGUGUAACAACAAGGCAACCCUCAUCGAUGCGAUUCGGCGGCGAUCCGGUGCUGAAGUCGACCGCGGAGUGGUCCCUGUCGCCUUGGAUUUGGACGAGAGUCUCAUCGACGACCCCGAUGCAUAUCCACUCAAGGUACAGCUUCGCUAUUUGCCCCGUGACGAGCUUGUUAUAUGGCGUACCAACGCCCACAGUAUGCGACCAGAUGGCAAGGUUCAGGCCGAGCGGGGAGUGGUCGAGUCCGUCAUCCGUUCCAGCAGCACAAUAGACGACACGCUCCCAGUAAUCAGCGGCGAGGAGAGCAGUAUCAAGCCAAGAGCGCAUAGCUGGGUGCGUCGACAGCUGGAAUUUCAAAUGGAGGGAGCCCCAUCCAAUGCGGUUUGGGGCGUCAUUGAUGCCGUGCUUAUAACAGAUUUUCCCGACUUCUGCAAGCAUUGCACGAUCCUUACCCAAUACGGAACGAUUCUCAGCGUACCUCGCGAGAACGGUAUGACUCGGUUGUAUGUCCAACUUCCCGCCUCCUUCUGCGAUACUUCGGCCACAAGUCCGGAGAUGGGAGUGCAGAUCAUCGCCGCCGCUCGGCAGAGUCUUUUCCCGUACAGUCUUGACUGUUCCUACUGUGACUGGUGGACGGUGUACCGUGUUGGCCAGCGAGUGGCCAACCACUUUGCGUACCAAGAUCGCAUCUUCCUGGGAGGCGACGCAGUGCGCACUCAUACUCCAAAGGGUGGACAGGGAAUGAAUGUCUCAAUGCAGGAUGCCUUCAAUCUGGGGUGUAAGUUGGCCGGCGUGAUCCGAGGUCAACUGCACCGCUCCGUGCUGCAGACUUAUGAGUCCAAAUACAUCCACACAAUAUAA